CUAAGCUUUUACAAGAAAAACAGAAGCUAGUGGGAGGAGAAGCCAUCACUUCUUUAGGGGACAGAAUUGAGGCAUCACGUGUGAACUUUUGAAGGAUUUUGCGCGUGUGAAAUCUCUUGCUCAAUUUUCGGAAAGAAGGAAAUAAAAUAAAAUAAAGAAAUCAAUAUUGCUUGAUGAGAUUAAUGACCGGCAAUAAUAGAAAAAGGAUUGAAUGUUUAGUUUAAUAUAAGAACAAAUUUGGAGAUGUCUAGUUAUGUGGAGACUGAUAGAAAUAGCAUCGUGAUUAGGGGGUACUCAUGGUGAUUUUACUUUUGAAUUCGUGGUAUGAUAAUUAAUUCUUGGAUAUUUUGAUUAGAUUCUUGAUCGUUCUGUCAGUUUAGCACUGAGAUCGAGUUUUCGGUUUUAUGCGAGUAAGGUAAGUAAUUUAUGGUAAUGCCCUGGAUUUAAGGUAAAGCUUUUAAAAGCAAAUUUUUGAUUUGAAAUGGUGGCGGGGCUAAACCCAUUUUACACGAGCAUGACUGAUUUGAAGUGAGAUUUUUAUGCUUUUCAUUAAAUUGAGCAUGCCUACUUGAAAUUUAAUUGAUUGUCCUGAUGAUCUGAAAGUGAAUGGUGAAUUAUGAUUUUUCUGUUAACUUUUGCCUGUUUUGUCUCCGAUAUGGUCAUGUUAUUCGUGUGCCUGCUAGUGGGAAGGUUUAUAAACGCUAGCACAUGUCGACAUGUUACUGAUGGAACCAGUUCAUUUCUGUUAUCCUGCUAGUGGGAUUAUACACUAGUAAAUCAUGUGCCUGUCAGUGGGAGGUUUAUAACACUAGCCAUGACCUAUAGAGGAGACGUCUAUUUCAUUCCCGUACUGUAUCCGUUUUUCUGAUUACACUUGUUGACAUGCUAUGAGUUUAAUUAUGGGCUAUCCAUAUUUUACUUACUGAGUUAUCUCACCUCAUUUUUCCUUACCCACCAUUUCAGGUAAUGUGACCCGAGACAUGGAAAUCAAGGGGAGUGACAUGGUAGAAGGCUAGCCACUUGAGAUUUGACAUAGAUUCUAGAUAUAUAUACCAUGCUCUUGUAAGUUGGAUUUUAAUUGGAAAUUUUAUGGUAUCAAAACUGAUUUUGUUGAGUAAGUUUCGAGCCUUGUGCACUUGUAGGACUCGUCUCACAAGUGUAUGGCGUCUGUUACGCUCUCGGAUUUAGGUUCUGAGGCGUGACAAUUCUACUA